CGACAUUCUAACCUCAAGGCGCCGCUGCACCCAUGGCAGCUUGAGUUGCUGAGGCCGCCUGGUCUCCCCUCCUCAAGCAUAUUAUCGUCAUGGAAUCCAGUGAAGAGUUGCAAUUGCAAGAGCUCACCGUCCUCCAAUCCAUCUACGCUGAAGAUUUUAUCGAAACCCCGCCUCCCAAAGCGUGGAAAGGCGCGCCCAGACUUCAUGAAUUUACGAUACGCGUGCCGCACCCCGACGGAGAGCACGCGAGCAAGAUAUGUUUCCAUUUACAUGUUAUAUUUCCGAAAACCUAUCCCACGAAAGCCUGCCCGACGUUCACGAUUCAAAAGCCGAUCGUUGGGCUGAGCAAUGACCAAGUGACGUCCUUAUCCCACGAAAUACAACAUGAGGUGAAUCGAUGCAAGGGAACUGAGAUGACCUUCCAGAUCGUCACGUUCUGUCAGGACUGGAUGUCGAGCCACGUCGUCCCACCCGUCGAGGUCGCGGGCUCGCUCGCCAAUCAGAUGACGCAGCGCGCGAUGGAGGAGGAGCGGAUCCGCAAACAGCGCGAGGCGGACGCGGCGGAGCAAGAGACGGAGCGCGCUGCCCGGAUAGCGCAGCAGUUGGAGGCAGUCGUCAAAGCCGACGCGCACAAGCAGGCACUGGCACGGGAGCAGCAGCAUAGAGAUCGUCAAAGGAAACGCGCGGGCUCCGAAGCCACGGAGGUUCCUGUCACCGGGGACACGCCGACCGAGACGUUCAGUGAGGCUGUCGUCGUGGACGGCAUCACGUUCCACUCAGUCAACAUCUUCCACCCACGUCCUGAACGUUUAGGCAUAUCCUAUGCCGCUGAUGCGAUAUGCGACGAUGUAACGGCGUCAUUGCCGAUGCGAUUGUUUAUCGUCAGAUUCCCAUCCCAUUACUACAUUACGAGCCAAGGAAAGAAGAAGCUGAAGCAAGUUGAGGCUGAAGUGCGGAGGCUGAUCACACUUCGGCAUCCCAACCUGUUGCGGUUGUUCGCAGUCAAGCUUUCGUUCCCACACGCCGGUGCGCCGAAGCUGGCUGUGCUGUACGAAGCACCGCCGAGAGUAACUCUGCGAGAUCUGCUCGAGGACUGUGACUGCAUUAGAGAGGAUCGGGUGUCGGAAUACCUCGUCCAAAUCUUGUCUGGACUGAACAGCUUACACGUAGCUGAUGUCGUCCAUCGAGGUAUAUGCGCUGAUACCAUCGGGAUUACUCCCAGACCACGAACGGUGAAGUUGAUGAAAGCUUCUUUUCACACAAGGCUGCUCGACUUGCAUCGAUCGAAUCCAUUUGGGCCGGAGAUCGCUGUUGAUACGGAGGAGCCGGUCCUGCCUGACCACUGGCUCUUCAAGGACUGGAAGAAUGACUCGGCAUUGGUCUAUACUCGUCAUCGGGACAUGCAUGCGGUUGGGAUCGUGUUGAUGCAGAUGCUCUUGGGCUUGGAUGUGACGGACCGCUACCCGGAUGUGUACUCUGCGUUUCGGGCUUCCACCAUCUCCCCCUGCCUCCAACGGCAGGCCCUCAAUCUUCUCUCUCCUUCCAAGAGGAAUCCGGUCUCGUGCAUCUCCGUCCUCGCGGACUUGGCUUCAGCCCCGCUCACUGCAGCGCUGCCUGUGAUGAAGAGUCCGGUCGUCGCUGCCUUUGAACCUCGGACGCCGAUGCCCGGCAAGUUUGGGUCGCCGGAGAAUGACUAUUUCAUCCGCCCUCCCCAACGGGACCGACAAAGCAGCCGGUGGAAGGAAGAUUGGGAGGAGCUGGAGCUGUUGGGCAAAGGUGCCUUUGGCUCUGUUGUGAAGGCACGGAACAAGAUCGAUUCGCGGAUCUACGCUGUCAAAAAGAUCCGACUGAGUACGACACACAGCGACAUGAAGAUCUUCCGCGAAGUGAAUGCCCUGAGCCGACUGUCGCACCGGUUCAUUGUGCGAUACUUCACGACCUGGGUCGAGACCGCAGAGCAUUCGUCCUCGGCUGCAGUCUCGGACGACUCCGAGUACAGCGACACUGGAUCAGAGGACGAUUCCGAUGAAGACGACCGGAUGACGGCCGGCGGAUCACCGUGGCUGAGACGCGGCAACAAGAGGAUCCUCUCGUCCAGCGGAGACCCGAUUGCGUUUGAUCUGGAUGAUCUGGACGAUGUCGGUGGCUCGGGGUCAAGGAGCUCCUUCCCCAGCAUCCAUUUCACACGCUCGUCGUCGCCUAGAGACGAGGAGGGAGGGAGUGAAGAGGAGGAGGAUGAAGACGACGACGACUCUGAUUCGGAUGAUCCGUUUGUUUUCGAGCCGGAUGACGCGACUCCGCCGCCCUCGACUCCGCCUGUGGUGGUAUCGCGGACCUUGUAUAUCCAGAUGGAAUUCGUUGAGCGGCAGACGCUGAAGGAACGGAUCGACGAGGGCCUGUCAGAACAAGAAGCGUGGCGGCUGUUCCAGCAGAUCCUCGAAGCGCUUGUGUACAUGUCGUCCCUGGGAAUCAUCCACCGCGACAUCAAACUGACCAACAUCUUCAUCGAUGCCAAAGGCGACUGCAAAAUCGGUGACUUCGGGCUCGCGACGUCAAACCUCUCUGCGAUGGAGCCGGCGAACCCGAUGCUUGCCCCGGUAGUGCUGGAUGCUGAAAUGACGCUGGAGGUGGGGACGCGGCUCUACAUUGCACCCGAAGUCCAGUCUCGCAAGCGCGGACCGCGUAACCAUGCCAAGGCCGAUAUGUACAGUCUCGGGAUUGUGUUCUUCGAGAUGAACUACAAGUUCAUCACAGGGUCCGAGCGCAUCGCUGUGAUCGAGGGACUGCGCCAGCCGCUGAUACUGUUCCCCGCCAGCUGGGAUGCGCGGUUGACCAGACAGAAGCAAAUCAUCACACGCCUGUUGGACCAUGAUCCAGACACCCGGCCGACUGCCUUGGAGCUGUCGCAGAGCUCGCUGCUGCCGUCUCGCAUCGAAGACGAGUAUUUCAAGGGCGCGCUCGGCAUGAUGGUCAAGGCUGACUCGCCCCACUUCCAAUCCGUGCUCUCCUCGCUCUUCAGCCAGCCGCAGCCGCCUGCGCGCAAGUUCCUGUACGACAUGGAGUGCGAUCUCCCGGAGCACGCCUCGCUGAACGAGAUCGUGAAGGAGCGGCUGACGCACAUCUUCCGCCUCCACGGCGCGGUGGACUUUGAGCCUCCGCUGCUGAUGCCUGUGGUUGAUCCGGAGGAUAGGAAGAUCGGACGGGCUGCGUUCAUCGACCGAUAUGGCGAGAUCGUGGCCCUCCCUCCGAAUCUGCUGCUUCCGUUUGCCAGACUGGCGGCCAAAGGUGGGAUUUCGAGGAUCAAGAGGUACCACAUUGCGAAUGUCUACCGGGAGGGCGACGUUGCGGGCCACCCUAAGUUCCAAAAGGCAGCGCUGUUCGAUAUUAUCUCGACGGACAUGGCCUCUGGACCGCUCGCGUCGUCUGCGGAGAUCAUCGCCGUUGCAAACGACCUUCUGGACAGUUUCCCGAAUCUGACAGACGGAUAUGAGAUCCACAUAUCGCAUUCCUCGAUCGUGCGGAUCAUCUGUGAGCGCAUUCCCGCGGAUGUGCGGAUGUCGAUCAUGGAUAUCGUUGGCAACAACAAGUCGUCGACGUCGCAGAAGAGAGCGCUGCUGCUCAAGAAGGGAUUGCUGAGGAGCACUGCCGAUGAGUUGGAGACACUGGCAGAUCCCGAUGACGAUAUCGACACAUUCCUCGCCAAACUCGACAAGGUGUCGUCUUCGUUGACCAACCUGCUGCGGCCGCAAGUGGAGGAGAUCAAGGAGAUCAUCCAUUACGCGACCGUCGCCGGUGUAACGCGUCCUAUCAUGUUCCAUCCGUUGAUGCUGGGAAACCACCACGCCCAUUACAAGGACGGGAUUCUGGUCGAGGUCGUGCGCAAGUCGAAGAGGACGGAUGUUCUUGCUGCGGGUGGUCGAUAUGACCACAUGAUCUCCGAACAAGCCACGCCAGGCCAGAAGCUGGAGUCGAUCUGUGCGAUGGGCCUGCAGAUUGCCGUGGAGAAGAUCACCGUCGCGCUGGCCGCGUACCAGGCGUCGUCCGUGCGCGCGCUCGUCAAGCAGGAGCGGUCGUUCGGAUUCUGGAGCCCCCGGCGCUGCGAUGUGUACGUCGUCUCGUACCAUCCAGGCUAUCUGCAGGAACGGCUCGAGGUCGUGGCGUUUCUCUGGGCGCACGGGAUCAGCGCGGAUCUGAUGUACGAGUCGGGCGUCGCGGAUGUCGAGAACGAGGACAUAUGCGCGCGGGAGGGUGUCCUGUUCUCGGUCUACCCGCGCUCUCGCCGCGACCAGCUGGCGUUCAAGGUCAAGAGCAUCCUCAAGGGAACCGAGUACGAAUUGACCCGCCAGGAACUCAUCGGGUGGCUGCAACAGCAGAUCGCGGAGCAGAAACGCAUCGAUGCCAGCACGUCCGGGGCCCUGCGGUUCACCGACGUCCCGGGUGCGAGCGCCGCCGCUCCCGUCGUCGAGAAAUCGGGCGUGCAGCUGCUCCUUCCGCCCGUGGACGUCAAGAAGCAGCGCAAGCACGUGAAACAGCUCUUCAUGGACCGCGCGUUCGAAACGGGUGUGGAGAUCGAGAGCGGCGUGCACGACGGGAUGCCGAUCCUCGCGAUCGACGUGCCGCCCGCUGCGUUCGAUGCGAUGACGCGGAGCAGCGCGUGGGUUGCGCAGGACGACGAGGCGUGGAAGGCCGUCGCGGGGAUGCUCCCGCAGUGGGCGUAUGCGCAGCAGAUCCGCGACGCGGUCGCAAAACGCAGGAGCGAGGGCUUCAAGUACAUGCUGCUGUUUGCGGUGCGCGAGGAGCGGGUGCAGCUGCUGAAGCUAGCUGCGUGAUUUUUGUUUUGUUUUGUUAUGAGAUGUGGUCGAAAUUUAUAUAGAUCGAUGGCGCAAUGUAUUUUACUUAUAGGAUUAUCAAGCAUUUACGACUCGACCGGCGGUUGGAGAUCCAUACUUGACGUGCAGAGUAGGUCCAGACGAAACAGUCCUGUAUUCACCCCAGAUUAGUAACGCUAAGGUUAUGUUAUGGCAUUCAUCUACUCGAAAUUGGCGGAUGGCACAUGUGAGAUACCAACAAUUGUCGCAGAGGGAUCUAACCGAGUCCUACAGCUCCCCAUACAUCCACUCCUCGUCUACAGCCCCCGCCCUGCUCUUGAGCUCCGAAAGAGCGCUCUGAAACUCU